AUUAUCCGGACUUUAUUCUAGGGCAAGAUGUCUGAUAACAUCCAAGGAAAUUCCAGAUUGAAAUGUAGGAAAAUAUGAAGGAAAUGUUAGUCAACUCGUGACUUUUUCCAAAAGAACUUCAGCCUGAUUGCAUUUAAAGCCUUUACAUUCAUUUUGUCCUGCUUAAGACAAAAAACACACUCGAUAUAAUUGUUAACUGUUAUCUUAUUAUAUUAUGUUACAUUGGUCAACAGUGAAUUAAAACUUUAAUCGGUCAUUUAAAUGUUUUUAUUACGUUAUAUUAAUAACAUUAUACAAUUGGAAAUCUCUAGUAAUUUAUACACGCCUUCCUGUUGUAUAUGUUUAUAACUCAACUUUUGUUACAUAACGAAAAACACUGAAAGUAGGUAGGGUAGGUAGGGUAGCUAAAUGCCAAUUAGUUAGCCUAAACGGGAUUAGCUAAAAGGUUAUUAGAUAAAUGCUGAUUAGCCAGUUAAAAGCUAAUUGUAUGCUAACAGCUAAUUAGUCUGCUAAAAUAUGACUAGCUAAAUUAUUGUUUGAUAGUUAGCUAAAAAGUAAUUGAAUAAGAUAGGCAACUAAACAGUUAGUCAGCUAAAAGCUAGUAAGCACAGCUUAGCUAAAUUUUAUUUUAAGUUGAAUUUAAUAUCGAUGCUGAAAUUUUGAAAACUGUAAUAAAAUGUUGGCUUUUGUCUGCACACUUAAGAAAGUAUUGUCUAAGUAAAUUUGCUCCAUUGACUCUACUUAACUGAAGACUGUCCUUGGGGGGCAAUUAGCUGUAAGCUUAAAUUUCGGUAAGCGAAAACGGAAGUGCGCUGCGGGGGAUGCUCUUGCCCAAUUGGCCAGUGAGGACUAAGCGGAAGAGAAAAUCAUCUCUGCGGUGCUGCCGUCUGUCUGUGUCACAUAUUCAGGGAGAUACAGACAGAAAAGUCGGCCUCGGUUAUCUGUGUUUACAUCCAAUUCCGGAGUUAAAACAACGAUAGACUGCGGGUACAGCAGCGGGGAUGGAGCCUCAGGGCAGAGACGAAGGGAAGGGGCCGGUGCUGCACAUCGUGGUGGUUGGAUUUCACCACAAAAAAGGCUGCCAGGUCGAAUUCUCGUACCCGCCGCUGAUGCCAGACGAGGGUCAUGACAGCAACCUGCUCCCAGAAGAGUGGAAGUACCUCCCGUUCCUGGCUCUUCCUGACGGAGCACACAACUACCAGGAGGACACUGUGUAUUUUCACCUGCCGCCUCUCAGUGGAGACACAAAGUGUGUCUAUGGAGUGUCCUGUUAUCGCCAAAUAGAAGCAAAGGCCCUAAAGGUCCGGCAGGCUGAUGUCACCAGGGAGACUGUUCAGAAGAGCGUCUGUGUCCUCAGUCGAGUGCCUCUCUACGGUCUGCUCCAAGCCAAACUUCAGCUCAUCACACACGCCUACUUCGAGGAGAAAGACUUCUCACAGAUCUCAAUCCUGAAGGAACUGUACGACCACAUGAACAGCUCUCUGAGGGGUUCAGCUCUGGACGGAUCACAGGUUUAUCUAGGGUUGUCACCGAGAGAUCUAAUCCUGCACUUCAGACACAAGGCUCUCAUCCUCUUUAAGCUCAUUUUGCUGGAAAAGAAGGUCCUGUUCUAUGUGUCUCCUGUCAACAGACUAGUAGGAGCUCUGAUGACAGUGUUAUCGCUGUUUCCAGGUAUGAUCGAACACGGCCUGGUGGACUCGUCCCACUACAGACCUAAGAGCAGUGUGUCAGAGGACCAAAGUUUAGUGGAGAGUGUCUCGGGUGCCGAAGAGUUCGUCUCUGUGUCCGUCACCGACAUCGAUAGCACCGCCCUUGACCUCGGGGUGGAGACGGCCCAGCCUGCCACAGAAUCCUCUGGGAAUAGCUCAGAGGGCGACAAUCACCACCUCAAGCCGCCCUCACGCAUCUCUCCCGAAUCCUCCGAGAGCGAGUGGGAGACUCUGGACCCCAGCGUGCUGGACGAAGGUGGACCGCAAGAGGCACCUUCUGAGACUGAGUCCGAGCUCCCGGAAACAUUUGACUCCAAACCCGGAACGCCGAUCACAGUGCAGCCGCAGGCAGUCACCGGUCAGGGAGGGGUCACCCAGGGCCUGGUGUCAGGUCUGGAGGAGGAUCAGUACGGCCUGCCACUCGCCAUCUUCACUAAGGGUUACCUGUGCCUGCCCUACAUGGCGCUGCAGCAGCAUCACCUCCUGUCAGACGUGACGGUGCGAGGCUUUGUCGCCGGAGCAACCAACAUCCUCUUCCGUCAGCAGAGGCACCUCAGUGACGCCAUUGUCGAAGUGGAAGAAGCUCGUAUCCAGAUCCAAGACCCCGAGCUCAGAAAGAUGUUGAGCCUGACCACAGCAGACCUGCGCUUCGCCGACUACUUGGUCAAACACGUGACGGAGAACCGCGACGAUGUCUUUCUGGACGGGACGGGCUGGGAGGGUGGAGACGAGUGGAUCAGAGCCCAGUUCACCCUUUACCUUCACUCCUUACUGUCUUCUGCAUUACAGCAAGAUAACGAGCGGCUGCUGGCAGAUUAUGGGGCACCUUUCAUCACAGCGUGGAAGAUCACCCACAACUACCGGGUGUGGUAUAGCAACAAGCACCCCGGCAUGACCGCCGUCACCCCAGGACAUCCGUUCCAGGGUCAGUACAGCGUAGCCGACGUAAAGCUACGACUCUCACACUCGGUGCAGAACAGCGAGCGAGGGAAGAAGAUCGGAAACGCCAUGAUGACAACCAGUCGCAGUGUAGUCCAGACCGGGAAGGCAGUCGGUCAGUCAGUGGGAGGGGCAUUGACCAGCGCCAAGACGGCCAUGUCCACCUGGUUCUCCACAUUGGCUCAGCCGGCACCAGCGUCCACCCCAGCCUGUCCUGAACCUGGCACUGCAGUCAAACCGUGACAACUGGCAGCCCCGAAAAUCCUCAUUGACUCUGUUUCUGUCUCAUCUUCUGAUUGUGAAGCUUGGGGGCCGACGGCAUGAGCGCUAGUUUCAUGAAGGAUAAUAAAUCUCUAUUCAAAAUCAAACGAGAGCCAUCUGAAACAUACAGCCAUAAGUUGGUGUUUCUGGCACUUUUUCCAGCAUCAUAUUUGCGGGGCACAUCCCAGACAAGGAGGCAGACACUGCCUUUGUGUUACCUGUACAGUCCAUAACCACUGUGAGCCAGAGACUGCCACUGCUUUUGAUCAAAGCCAGAAAAUUCAGCAGGUUGCAUUAUUAUGUCUGACCGCCUCUUUCUCAUUGCUGCCGUUUGUAUUGCUGGAUGCUUUCCUGUGAGACACUAAAAAUGCUGUUUUGGGGUUUGCGGUGUUCACUCUGUGCUGCAUAUUUAUACAGUUUGUCUAAAAAGGUGACUAUUUUGCUGAGAAAUGAGAUUAAGUAAAAUAUAUAUGUAAAUUAGUCACAGGAUUGAAUGGAAAAGCAUGAUCUGUGGUCCCUUGAAAGUUUUAAUGGUACACAUUUUAAAUGCAGUCUGGAUCCUGUUUACCAGUCCUCUGUGGUAACAUUGUGGUUAAUGCGGUAACAGCGUGAAAUAUAAUGUAUCACUUACAAGAGCAAAGCAAGUGGUAAUGAAUCAGAAUUAUCCUUUUUAAUUCAAUAGGAUUGAUUUUAAAUGAAAAAAUCAAAACAAAAACGUAUAAUAGUUGCUAACAUCAUCAAAUUUAGCAAGCUAAUGGUACUUUUCAGCUAGCUUGAGGAAAAAAAAUAUUAUAAGGAACAUUACUGAUUGUUAUUUGUUUGAAAAGAAUCAAACAAACAAACAAAAAACCACCAAACAAACAGCCAGGGAAAGGCAAGUUAAAAUUUCUGUAUUAUUUAAAAUUUUUGAUUUACUUCUAAGUUGAAAUUACAAGAUACCCAACUUAAAAUGUCGACUCCUCUAGAAACUAACCUGAAAUUGUAAUUUAUGGAUAGUAAAGAAGUCAGAAACAAGCUUUCAUGGAAAACAUGCAGUUAUAAAGAUUUACCUUUUUUUUUUUUUGAAUAUUGUUUUUAAAAAGAGAAGAAUUUAGUAAGAUUAGUUUAACCUUCUUUUUUUUUUUUUUUUUUUUUUAAGCAAAAGUACCCCCCUAAA